AUGGAGUCCCUGAAAUUUAUGAGGCUGCUUCCAGUCGACGAAGCUCUCAGCGUUGCUCCAGAGGAGCUCGAGGAAUUUGUCAAGGAGAAUUACGACAAGAAACACGAAACAUUGCUCAUUGACAACAUCCCCGACUGGGAACAUGUGUCUCAGGAAAAGAGGGACCUCCUGGACGAAAAGCUGCAAGCGGCCAUGCGGAAGGCCAUAAGGCAUUCGGUGGAUCCUGACGACCUUGCCGCACGACUGGCCCAAGUACCUUCAGAGAGAGGCUCACCGGUACGGCACAUGAGCCCUACGGCAUCAUCUGAGGAUGGGGAAUGCGAAGCGGAAUUUGGGCCGCAAGAGUAUCAAGCUAGAUGCUAUCAAGCUCUUCUCGAAGAGGGCGGCCGGCCACUGUUCGACGUUGGACUUCUUCCGUCAAUCUCGGCAAACGUGGACGAAUAUCACGACUUACUACGGCCGUGGAGGCUGUAUCCAAAUUCAACGCACCCUACCGACUGGGAAGUAUUCCAUAGGCAGUUGCUUCGCUGGCAAGAGUUUGGCGCCGCGCAACUCUGGCACAGAGGACGCAUACUUGAGUUUUCUGAAUAUCUCGAACAGAAACGACGUCACGCGCAUAUGCAGGGUAGAGCUAAAAAGUAUAUAUACGGGGUUAGAUACGAACAGGUGCAACGCGGCCUAUGGGAGCGCGAACAUGGCCCAUCACACCCACAGCGAUAUGAUACUGACGAUGAAGCAAAAGCUGCCAUUGUUGAGUAUAACCACGUCUUGAAGAAGCUUCUUGAACAGUACGGAUUCGCCCAACCCUUUCAGCUGCAUCUUGACCUGAAAAAGCAAGACCAGUGGACAACGUUUGUCGAGUAUCUCGGGUUCGAAUGCCAUCAACUCCACCUGGUUACUGAAUCUACCCAGAGGAUGCGCCCCGAGCCUGUAGCUGAGCGGGAGGAGCCUGCAAAGGCAGAAGUGAUGGCGCCUUCUGCUACAAGUACUGCAUCUCAGCACAAGCGAGGCUAUAGAAUCGAGGGAGAUGCGACAGCGACUGACGACCAGAAAGAGACACAUGGACAGACAGCAAAAAGACAGAAGCAGUCCAAGACACGGGUGAAUCAGGAGCAUGCAGAACAAGAAGAAAAGAUUUCGCUACCAAAUCCAGCCCUCUCUAGAGCGACUCGUGCUCGUGAGCAGAAAUAUCAGGAGGCCAAGGCAAGAGUGGUCUACCACCAGCACAGAGUUGAGUGGAUUCUGUCCGAAUUAAGCAAAAUUGAGGCAGAACAGAAGUCAAAAGAGACGAAAAUUUGUGAUGGGAAGCCAGCAAGCGAAGCUAGCACAGACGAGUCAAUUGUGGAAUCCGGACCAACUAACGAGGAGAAGAUGACGGACCGCAAGAGCGAUGACUCGCCGACAGCUCAAGUCGUAGAACUCUACGACCCAGGGGAUGAGGCUAUCCCAGAGGAUGAAGCUGUUCUAGAAGACGCAGCUGUCUCAGCGAAUAAAGCUCUCCCAGAGGAUGAAACUGUCUCUGAGGACAAAUCUGACUCCGAGGACAAAUCUGACUCCGAGGACAAAACUGUUUCUGAAGACAAAGUUGUUCCAGUGGAUAAAGCUAUUCUGGAAGAUGAAGCUGCUCCAGAAGAUGAAGCUCUCUCAGAGGACGAAACUGUUCCAGAGCCACAGGUCGAACCAGGCAACAAACCAUCCCCAGAGAGUCACAGCUUUUCCGAGAGCAAGAAAGCAUCGACAUCAUUCAGCAACAAAGAUGGCGAUGUAGAUCUAAAGAGUGCAGCGGCUGUUUCGGCUCAAGUCAGCUUGGCAGCCACAGGCGAUUCUCACGAGACUUGCAAUGAUGAACGGAGAACUUUGCAACCGAGUGCAAAUGAGGAUGUGGCUGUUACCGCUUCUACAUCGUCAGAGAUAGAUGAGACGCAAGCGCCCAAGGGACGCAGCCCAUCACAAGCACCAGAGGUCGCUUAA